GGUAUCUAAAUUUGGUUUUCAAAAUUCAGUCCCACGUCGAAAACUUUUGCCUAAGGGCAGCCUGUUUGUCUGUGCAACCAUAUGUAAAUUCCCUGUUGAGCCAAAAGUACCGCUGCUAUGCCUCCAAAAGCAAGAAGGAAACGCCCCAGUUUCGGCUGGACCGCGGACCCUUCGCCUCUCAGCUGGAUUACCAGUCGCGGCUGCAGGUCGAGGCUCCCGCUAUGUCGGUACCCCUGAGCGGCAUUAUCUGCACCAUAGGUCCCUCCUCGCAACGAGCGGAUGUGAUCUUGGAGCUUAUCCGGGCAGGAAUGCGUGUGGUUCGGCUAAACUUUUCGCACGGCAGCCACGAAUACCACAGCAAGACCAUCCAGGAAGCGCGUAAAGCCAUUGCUAUGUAUCAAGAGGAAACGGGAUUGGCAAAGGCGGUGGCCCUGGCACUAGACACUAAGGGCCCAGAGAUUCGGACUGGCAAGAUAUCCGGGGGCAGUGACAAAGCCGAAAUCGAGCUGAAGACAGGCGAUAAGGUCAUUCUUAGCACGAAUAAGCUACUAGAAAAUAAAUCCACCAAGGACAAGAUCUAUGUGGACUAUCAGAAGUUUCCCUCCAUCGUAAAGCCCGGAAACCGUGUCUUCGUUGACGACGGCCUGAUCGCACUGGUGGUCAAGGAAUCCAAGGGUGAAGAGGUGGUCUGCAAAGUGGAGAAUGGGGGCAAGCUGGGCUCUCACAAGGGUAUCAAUUUGCCAGGCAUUGCUGUGGAUCUGCCAGCCGUAAGCGAAAGGGAUAAGCAGGACCUGCAGUUCGGGGUGAAGCAGAAGGUGGACAUGAUCUUCGCAUCGUUCAUCCGCGAUGCCAAAGCUGUGGCCGACAUCCGGCAGGUUCUAGGACCUGCGGGUGAACGCAUUAAGGUUAUCUCCAAGAUCGAGAACCAGCAGGGUUUGGCCAACAUAGACAAAAUUAUUCUCGCAUCGGACGGGAUUUUGCUGGCUCGAGGCGAUUUAGGCAUCGAAAUACCCAUCGAGAACGUUCCGCUGGCCCAGAAAUCGAUCAUCGCCAAGUGCAACAAAGUUGGCAAGCCGGUGAUCUGUGCGACCCAGAUGCUGGACUCGAUGACGAUUAAGCCAAGACCCAGCCGUGCCGAAGCCACAGAUGUGGCCAAUGCCAUCUUUGACGGAGCGGAUUCCGUGAUGCUGUCCGCCGAAACGGCCAGUGGCAAGUUUCCGGCAGAGUGCGUGCGCGUCAUGGCCAGGAUCUGUGCCAAAAUUGAGACGGUUUUGUGGUACGAGAGCAUGCAGAACAACCUUAAGCGGGAGAUCCGCAUCGGUGGCGGCGACCACAUUUCGGCAGUCACUACGGCGAUUGCUGAGGCCGCUACCGUGAGUCAGGCCCGGGCCAUAGUCGUGGCCAGUCCGUGUUCUAUGGUGUCCCAGAUGCUCAGUAACAUGAGGCCGCCGUGCCCCAUCGUGAUGUUCACAGGCUGCCCAUCCGAUGCAGCCCAGUCGGUGCUAUACCGAGGCAUAUAUCCGUUGGUCGUAGAGGAUAUGGUGAUGGGGAAUUUAGACUUCCGGAAAGUAAUGAAGUCGGGCCUAAAGCUUCUAACCAAAAUGGACCUCAUUGAGCCGGGCCAAAAGGGUUCGGUGGUUUUGGUCAAUGCCAUGUCAGCCGACAAAAUCAACUUCCGGCUCUUCACAAUCCAGCAGCAGACCAAGGCGGAACGGGAACAGGAGGAUCGCUGUCAGAAGCUAGCCUUGGAGCAGCGCUGCAAAGAAAGGACCGAAAAAGAGGCUUGCCGCAAGUUAAAAGAAGAGGAAGAUUGCAGAAAAAUACUUGAGAAGGAAAAGUCUCCGCAGGCAGAACAAAACCCAAAGCUGGAAACGGAUACAGAAGAAUCGAAAGAAGAAAAGGAAGAGGCUGAAGAGUCAGAGAGCAUGGCGGAGGAAGAGAAGAGUGAGUCAGCUGAGGAAAAGGAGCUAGAAUUGAAAAGUCAGGAGCUGCAAGAAAAGGAAGAGGCUGAAGAGUCCGAGAGCAUGGCGGAGGAAGAGAAGAGUGAAUCAGCUGAGGAAGAGGAAAAGGAAAAGGAAAAGGAAGAGGCAGAUCUCAAGGUUAUUAAGGAGGAAAUGGAAAAAUUAGAAGCUGUCCAAAAAGCCAAGCUCGAGGAGAAAGAGGCUAAGAAGAAAGUGGAAAUCGUAAAAUGCAAGGAGCUGGCUAAAGAAAGGAAGAAGAAAGAGGAAGAGAAGUCCAAAAGACUGUCUGCGGAGGAAAAGAAAGCCGAGAUGGCCGAGAAAUGGAAAAAAGUGGAGGCCGAAAGGAGGGAGAAAAAAGAAGCUGCGCUGUGCAAGAAACUGAAGGAGGAACAGAAGAAAUCAAUGAAAGAAAUGGCCGACGCGCUCGCGGAGGCGGUGUGCAAAAAGCUAAAUGAAGUAACGGAAGACAACAACAAGGACAACAAGAAAUAGUUUUAACGCACGUAAUUUUAUUUUAAUAUCAGUUCAGGCUACAAAAUUUAAUGUACAUUUUAAUUAUCGUAAAAAUUUUCAACAAAGUUAAUACUAAGUUAA